ACAUGCCUCUCCUCCUCCUCCUCCUGCAGACAUGGGAGUCAGCGGCUCCGGGUGGAAACUAACCGGCUCUGCUGCUCCCUCUGUCCGCCUCCUGGGCUCCUCCAGCCGGGGAAACCCCACUGCCGCUGCGUGGAUCUGAGCCGCCUUAUUACCGGACUUCUCCCUCUAAUUUCUCUCAUUCCGCUUCGUUCAUGGACCCCAGGAGCUGCUGAAGUGUUUGUCAUUUCCGUUCACACAGCUGAAGAUGGAGACGGUGAUGGAGAGGGAGUGCAGCGCGCUGGGGGGGCUUUUCCAGACUGUCAUUGGAGACAUGAAGGGCAGUUAUCCAGUCUGGGACGACUUCAUCAGCAAGGCCACCAAACUCCAGUCACAACUUAGGACGACGGUCGUUGCAGUCGCAGCCUUCCUGGACGCCUUUCAGAAGGUGGCUGAUCUGGCGACCAACAGUCGAGACAUCGCAGCAUCGAGGCCAAACUCCGACAGGUGUUUCUGGACUGUCUGAUUAAUCCUCUACAGGAGCAGAUGGAGGAGUGGAAGAGAGUGGCCAACACGCUGGACAAAGAUCACGCCAAAGAGUAUAAGAAAGCUCGCCAGGAGAUCAAGAAGAGGUCGUCAGACACUCUGAAGCUGCAGAAAAAAGCAAAGAAAGCGGAUGUAUUUGGCCGCGGAGACCUCCAGCCUCAGCUGGACAGCGCCAUGCAGGACGUCAGCGACAAGUACCUGCUGCUGGAGGAGACGGAGAAGCAGGCCGUGCGGCGGGCGCUGGUCGAGGAAAGGAGUCGUUUCUGCUGCUUCGUGGCCAUGCUGCGGCCCGUCGUGGACGAGGAGAUGUCCAUGCUGGGGGAGAUCACCCACCUCCAGACUCUCACAGAUGAUCUGAAGACCCUCACCAUGGACCCCCACAAGUUGCCUGCUUCCAGUGAGCAGCUGUCAAACGGCUUUGACCACCCCGCCGCCCUCUGUCUGCACGGAGCGGUGCCGCCGGCCCAGGACACCCACCUCCACCCUUCAUACUUCACCUCCUCCACCACCACCUCCCCCAUGUCCUCGCCCUCCUAUCAGUCCGUCUCUCCCACGUGGCCGUGGUCUCGCUCGGGCUGCGGCCAGYCGGGAGAGCUGCCGCCUCUCGGCCCUUCAGGGAUCGGACAGGUCCCCUCAUCCAGAGUCCCGUCCUGGAAGGACUGGGCCAAGCCGGGCCCGUACGACCAGCCUUUGGUCAACACCUUGAGGAGGAGCAAAGACAGGCGAGAACCUCCAGAUCCCAUCAGCCACCAGGGCAYGGACGCCACCGCAGGGGAGGAGCCACAAGGGGUCAAAGGAGGUCACUCUGGGAUGUCCCCUAAGGGCGACAAGGAGGCCCACGAGGAGCUGGCCCGGGUGCUGGCCCGAGGUCUCCACCUGGACAUCCACGGCUCCAGCAGGGACUCUCUGCAGGGCUCCAGUGGUUACAGCAGCCAGACCAACACGCCCUGCUGCUCAGAGGACACCAUCCCCUCCCAAGUGUCGGACUGUGAUUACUACUCGGUGGGUGUGGAUCAGGAGUCUGAGCAGCACCACUCCUCAGACUUCGAUAAGUCCUUCACCAUCCCGAGGAACAGCGACAUCAGUCAGUCGUACCGGCGGAUGUUCCAGUCCAAGCGUCCAGCCUCAACCGCCGGCCUCCCCUCCAACCCCUCAGCCGUCGUCACCCCGGGGGUCGCCACCAUUCGACGAACUCCAUCCUCCAAACCCAACUUGCGGCGACCCUCAGGAGGCCUCAGCCUCGGCCCUAUUCCCAUAAAACCCCCGAUGAUCCCGGUCAAGACCCCCACCGUGCCUGAACUCCCCGGGUUCCCCACCAGAGCAGGUUCUGAGGCUGGCAGCGCACCACGGACCCCGCUAAGUCCACCGAGCACCCCUCUGUCGCCCAGCAGCGGGUGGGAGACCCUGAUGGAUGAAGGAUCGGACCCCCCCACCCCGCCGCCACAGCCGGGCGGUCGGGCGUCCGAGUGGGAGCGCCGACGCCUCCCCGAGCUGCUGGAGGAGGCAGAGUACUGUGAGGUGGAGGACUUCCUGGUGGAUAUCCGACGAGGCGUCAAGCUCAAGAAGGCGACGACGAACGACCGAUCGGCCCCCUUUAUUCACUGAGACCACCAGGGGGGUCGCGCUGACCGCAUCCAGUUCCUGCCUCUUUUUGAAUCUAAUGUUGAGGGGACACAAACGGACGCAGCUCAGCCUGAAUCUGAAAUAGGUGCCAAAAUAGACAAAAGCUGCCACGAGACUGAUUCUGGAGCAGUUCUGAAGUGUCCAAAAUUCACUKAUUUGAUCCGAUUAAAAAUGUACAUCAGUUUAAAAACAAAACUAAAWCUCCUGAACCAAGCAAAGCUCCUGUAGAAGAGCAGGUGACACUGAUCCAAGACUGUCUUGUUAAUUUAGUGUUUGUGACGAAACAGGACAAAGUUCGAGGAGAAAGUUUAAACUGAAAACAGGGACAAUAAAAAAAGUAGAUAAACUAUGGGGCGCCGUUUGUAAGGUUACACUGCCAACAAUUACCACCAAAAUUUAGCUUUAUUUAGCCUUUCAUAAGACAAAAAAAUAGAGGGGCAUUUUUCAAAGUAAUAUUUUUACCUUGAU